AUGGGCCCAGCACCUAUUAUUGAAGAAUUGUAUGAGAAAGAGAACUCAAGGUCAGCAGAGGAUGAGCAAGUCUAUGAGGCUCUAGUCAUGAAAGGCAAGAGGAAGCUAAUGGGUGAAGGUAGGCCCAUUCAUAACACUAAAAAGAAUAAAGCUAGCUUAUGCCCUAGCCCUGGUGUUUCACUUCGCUUGUCGAAUAGAAGAAGGAAUGGAGUUCAGGCAAAGAGUAAAUAA